AUGCAAACGAACGACAAAAGGGAAAUUGACAAGAAGUCAGCGAAGGCGAACGAGAAUUCGAGUGAAAAGGUAACAGCCGGCAAGACAGGCGGUCAACCGCGAAUCGAGUUUGAGGAAAAGUCAUCCGUAAAGAGUCAAAGUCAGAAACGCAAAAAAAAGUUGGUCAUCAUCAGAAUCGUUAAAGAGCAGCCAGAAGUACAUAUCAGCGUCGAAUCGAACAAAGCAAUAAAAAUGACGAGUCAACAUCACCAGAGACGUGGGCCGGGGUCAUAUUUCAAUGAUCAGCUGACCGAUCCAAAAAUGGAGAUGGACUGCUCUGUGUACCAUGCGAGUCUCGGAGCUAUCAAUUUCAAAGUUGCCAAAUGGAUAAUGGGCGAAGGGAAGACAAUC